CACCGGUGGGGCGGCGCGAGCAGCGGCCGGUCCAGCCACCGGCGGGGUGGCACGAGCAGCCGCCGGUCCAGCCACCGGCGGCGCGGCGCGAGCAGCGACCGGUCCUACCACCGGCGGGGCGGCGCGACCUUGACCUCUCCAGAGGUGGAAGGGAAGCAGAGGACCGUUCGACCAUACUCCACCGCUGCUCACCGUUCAACCAUACUCCAAGUACAAGCAGACCAUCUUCUCCGUCCUCCCCUAGGCCAUUAACUCGUCCAGCAAGCAAGGCAAGUAAACCAGGCAACAACCAAGCUGACUAGCAUAGUUCUAGUUUCCAUUAGAUCUACUAUGACAAAGAUGACAAGGAGCAAGAAACUUGCAGAAGCACCAACUACUGAAUAUGAGAAGAUUAGGGCUAAAAAUAUGAUGAGGAACAACCGCAUAUUCCAAUCACUUGGCAUCGCUGCAUUAGGUAUGAUGGUUAGGAACUCAAAUCAAAUGCAGCAAGGUAGUGCCAUCACCGGUGGGGACUCAUCUUCUGCCAUAACACAACAAGGCUCAAGCUCUAUGUACAGUCCUGACGAUGAGGUCAUUGAGGAGGAUGAAGUUGAUGAUAUUAUAGUGGAGAAGGAAGAUAAGGUUUCUAAGAAGGCAAGGAAGUCGAUCAAUAAAAAUACAAAGAAGAGUUCUGAUAAACCUUCUGAGAUGGCUCCAGGAAAAACAGGGUGAUUGCUCUAGCCUCGGGAGGCUCAAAGAGGGUGCUACCUGGUUUGAACUCGGAUGAACAUGAAUCUGCUCGAGUCACUAGGCAGAAAACAAAGUUGUCUCUAACCAACCAUGAAGAAAGUCUUGUGCAAAUGGAUGUAGGAAGCCCAACAAAUGUGGAUGAAGGAAGCCUCCAUGUGCACAUGGAUGUAAGAAGCUCGAUGCACGAAGAUGAAAGAAGCAUGAUGCAUGGGGGUGAAGUAAGUCUGAUGCAGAUGGGUGAAACAAGCCAUGUCCCAUCUACUCUGUGCACAAAUCAGCCAAUUGAAGUUCCUAAGUUCUCUAACCAAUAGCUUGGCCAACAACGGCAAAUGGACGUUGAAGCUACACCUAUUGUGGAUAAGUGCAGGAAUGGGAAAGGGCUCGAAAGACUCACUAAAGAGUUAGGCUCUAAGAUUAUCAUCCAAGUGGCCGAGGGGAAGAAACACCCGGACAAACCAGCACAGGCUGCAAAGCUUGCAUCCCAGGGUGGGGUUGCUGCGAGGAAGCAUCUACCACUCCUUCCCCACUUCAAGGAGUACAAGGCCAAUGGGAAUCAUAUUGACAAUUUCAUUGGCAAAGUUGUUAUCAAUUUUGAUAUGGAAACCCGUUCCGAUGCCGUGAAGUAUGCAUGCACUGACAUCCUCAAGACCGCAUUGAAGAAUAGGCGCCACCAUCUGAAGAAGAAGCAUUUUGACAAUGUACCGGCCAAUCUAGUGAGUGUCAAAUCUCCUGAUAAGAAUGUGACAGAUGCGGAGUGGCAAAGGCUGGUCAAGAUGUGGUCUACCCCAAGGCACAAGGAAACCUGUCAGUCAAACAAGGAUAACAGUUCCAAAGUUAAGUUCCAUCAGAAAACUAGUUCUCGCCCCUACAUUUCCCAUGUGCAUGCUUUGAAAGAGGCUCGUAAGUGUGAAGAGUUGACUGCAUUUGAUCUAUUCAAGGAGUGCCACAAUGGCAAGAAGACUGGUUUCUCUGAGCCAGUUAAGAAGGUGAUAGCUGACAUGGAAAAAGCUAUGGAACAAGGGGUACCAAAGAAUGUUGUUGCUGUUGUUGCUGACAUUCUCACUAAAGAAUGUCCCUCCAGCACAUUCUUUCAAAAUGUUGGCCUUGAGUCGAGCUCCAAGAAGAAGUUCAACAGAUCUGCAGCUGCUUUGGAUGCUCAUGUACAAGAACUAGAGUACAAGCUUGAGAAGGAGAGGCGAGUCGCUGAGUUGAUGCGAGAGGAGCUUGUUGAGGUCAAGAAGAAAUUAGAGGAGACCGAAGCUGAACGCGCCGCAGAGUAUCAGUUGUUACUGCAAAGAGUUGAGGCCAUCGAUGCUAGAUUUGCGCGUCUUAUGGAUCUGUUCAUAGGUAAAAUAGUUUAGUAUGGCGUGGUUGAUGUUGGCUUUGGGACUUUUGAUGUUGAGUUGUUUCGACUUGGGGUUGAUGAGUUUCUUUGACUGGACAUGUGAACGACAAUAUGGACUAGAGAUUGGCUGUGGUUUGAUGAGGUUGUGUUUUGGUUGGUGCAUCUUAAUCUUAUGAACAUGGUGUACUGAUACUAAGCUACUGGCUAUGUUAUUUUGGUUGGUGCAUCUUA